ACAGGAAUAUGAUGAACCCAUCCUUAAACACUUGAUCGAUGUCAAGGCUACCACAUUUGCCGAUCCUAUGAGUUUCACCUUGGAAUUUCAUUUUGAGCCAAACGAGUACUUCACAAAUUCUGUCUUAACUAAAGAAUAUGGAUUGAAAUGUGUUCCUGAUCCAGCAGAUGUAUUUUCAUUUGAAGGACCUGAAAUAGUCAAAGCUAAAGGUUGCACAAUUGACUGGAAGAAAGGUAAAAAUGUCACUGUUAAGACAAUAAAAAAGAAGCAAAAGCACAAGAUUAGAGGUGCUGUUAGAACUGUAACUAAAACCGUUCAGAAUGUGUCCUUUUUUAACUUCUUCAGUCCUCCUGCAGUUACUGAAAACAUUGAAGAAAUGGAUGAAGAAACUCAAAAUCUAUAUCGUACACAAGAACUGCUGUUGCCAAAACAUGGAAUACUAAAUAUGUAA